AUGACCUCUACACCACAUUCAACAACUAUUCCUAUUAUUGACCUGACAUUAUCACCAGAUCAUUCUAUAAUUAAUGAAUCCAAUGUACCUACUGAUCCACGUCUUCGUCUUACUUCAUCAUAUUGUAAUUAUUCACAAUUAAAACGUCCGGUUUACUUACCAGUACCCAAUUGGUAUUUAACUGUGUUAUUUUCAUUAAAGCAAAAAAACGCUUCAAUAUUAAGAAAUGCAACGAAUUCAAUUACAUUACAUGAAAAUAUAAAUUCAAAAGCAAGUAAUAACUCUAUUCAACGUUCUAAUGAUAUUAAAUCAUUAAUCAAUCAAGCAAAAUUAUCUUCGGAUCGAACAUUCGAAUUUCUAUGGCGUAUGGACAAUGAUACAAAAAGAUUUGCUACAACAGCUGGUGGACAAACUACUUUUUUGCAUUAUAAAUCAUUUCAACAACAAGCGAAUCAACAUCAUUCUGAUACUAAUUCUACAGCUGCAAUGUCUUCAUUACCACCGACACGACCAAUUUAUUCUGCUGCUCAACAAAGAGCUCGUGAAAAUCUCUUAAUUGAAGAGAUCGAUAAUCUAAUUAGACAAUUGAUGAAUGGUCCAUAUCAUUACUCACCUUAUCGAGUGAUUCUUCAUUGGACAACAAAUGAUCGGCCUCAUUUUAUGUACACUGCAACAGUAAUCAUAGAUGAAAUUUUAUUUAAUAAUCAUUGA